AUGCUCUGCAGAGUCUUCCCAUGCCUGCCCAUAUACAGGUUGUUUCUCUGUGGCGGGUUCUCCGGCGCUAUUGCACGCACGGCUACAGCCCCUUUGGAGCGCAUAAAGCUUCUCUCACAAGUGCAGGCUAUAGCUGCGGCAGCUUCAUCCCGACCGGCUGUGUAUAAAGGCAUCGGUCCAACCGCUGCAAAAAUAUACAGGGAAGAGGGCUUGCGGGCAUUUUGGAAGGGCAAUGGGACCAAUGUGGUUCGCAUAUUUCCUUACAGCGCUGUGCAAUUCUCAGCAAACGAGAAAUACAAGAGGCUCCUGGCAACAAAGGAUGGAAAACUGACAGUGGGUCAGCGCCUGACUGCUGGAGCUUUUGCUGGCAUGUCUGCAGUAGCAGUGACUCACCCCUUGGAUGUCAUUCGCCUGCGCCUAUCUUUGCCCCGUGCAGGCUAUACAGGGAUGACAAAUGCUCUGGUCACCAUCAUGCGCACAGAGGGCAGCUUUGCACUGUACAAGGGCUUUGCCCCUGCCCUGAUCGGCACCGCGCCCUUUGCCGCGCUCAAUUUUGCCUCGUACGACUUGCUGAAGAAGUACUUUUUUGAUUUAGAUGUCAGGCCCAGCACAGCAGGCACACUUGGCAUGGGCGCCGCCUCGGGGCUGCUGGCUUCGUCUGUGUGCUUCCCACUCGACACUGUGCGGCGGCAGAUGCAGAUGCGCGCAUGCACCUACACCAGCCAGGCCAACGCCAUCUCCACCAUCUGGCACACAGAGGGCUAUCGAGGAUUCUACAGAGGAUGGACCGCCAAUGCUUUAAAGGUGCUCCCUCAGAACAGCCUCCGGUUCGCCUCUUAUGAGGCGCUCAAAACCUUCAUGGGAGUCUGA